AUGGGACUCUUCUAUGUUGAAGCAGAAAUGGUCAUAUCAGAUGAAUUGCAAGAGUUUUGUGUACUUGAAUGCUCAGGAUGCAAACAAAAGAAGCACAGAAAAGAUAGAAAGGAUUUUCAUUGUCCAAAAUGCAAUCGGAAAACAACAUUACUUCCUCGGUGUAUCUUUCAAACUGAUCUUACUGACGGUACUGCUACAGUCACAGCAUUUAUCUCUGCGGAAUUGAGAGAAAAACUACUCUCCAUGACAGCGGAAGACAUAUUUGACAUAACCUGUGCUAAGAAGCAAUCCUUGCAUAUUAAUCAUUUCCAUGAGAUGUUGUCCAACAAACUAUAUCAAAUUCAGCUAAGGAAGUCAUCUUGGGGUACCUCAAACAACACACAAGCAACUUACUCCAUUAUUUCCUACAUGGAAAAGCAACAUACUCCAACAACCACUAUUGACAGGAAUUCCAAAAAGGUAAGACCUUUGGAGAUAAGUGAGAUGGAGGUGACAGAAACAACUACUGCAGCUGGUUCUUCAAAUGCAACUCUGAAAUUUGAACCACCUACACCAACAAAAAAACUGUAAAAGGUCAGUCUACAUCUGAUUAUCACAUUUAUUAUUAAAAAUCAAACCAUAAAUCACAAUGAUUAACAGUUCAAAACAUUUACAAGUAUUUGAAACUUAAUGAGGUUGAAUCAUUGUUGCAUUUUAAUCUUUCUCUGCUCCAUUUUUCUGAUGUAUUUUAGACCAUGGGUUGCUGAUUUUGUAUCGUAUUGCUGCUGAAUUUUAGACUAAACUAUUUGUUACACUUCUGAUCAAAUUUCUGUCUAUUGUUGCUAUGUGUCGAGCAAAAUCUUGCUACACUUUUGGCUAUAUUUGAGCUAAUGGUUUGCCUAUGUAUUUGGCUAAACUUUGUUGCACUUUUAAGUUAGCCAACUGCUGCAUUUUUUCCAAAAAUCAGGUAUACCAUGCCUCUGUUUGCAUCUUUGUUUUUGAUAUGCCUUCAGAAUUCUGAAUAAUUAUAGUUUAAUCUUAUGAAAAACAGACCACCCAACAAUGUAA